AUGUCUCAUUAUAUUCAAGUAUACGGUCGGUUGCGACCAUCGGCAAACGAUGGCUGCAUCGCGGUAAAAGCACUCGACAGUAAUCGAAUCCAUUGCGAGGGUUUUGGAGGAAAAGAGGAAAAGAUACAAGAUCUUCAUCGAGUUUUUGACACUGAUUGCGAUCAAGAAGCAAUUUUCGCAACUGUUGCUAAGAAAAUUGUCGAUGAUUGUGCUGAAGGAAUCAAUGGAACCGUAUUUGCCUAUGGACAAACCGGAUCAGGGAAAACGCAUACCAUGUUAGGGCCGGCUAACAGCUGGACGGAUAGUGAAAAAAUGGGAUUGAUUCCAAGAUCCGUUAACCACUUGUUCGCGAGAUUAGACGAAAAAUGCAAGGAAUGCCAAAAGUUUUCUUAUGAAGUUGUCGCAGAGUUCGUUGAAAUUUACAAUGAAGUGAUAUUCGAUCUGCUCGAUUUUCAACAAAAGAAGAUUAGCUAUCGGGACACUGGCGUUGAAGUACAACUCAACAAUGUGCAAAGCGAAUUCGUCGACAAUUACAUCGAUUUGAUGAACCUUGUACGGAAGGGAUGGGAGAAUCGGAAGACUGGCGAAACAGCCAUGAAUCGAGAUUCUUCCAGAUCUCACGCGCUUCUGAUUAUUAAGAUUCGAACAGAAGAGUUGACUGGAACGAUUCUCACGACUCGAACCUCGAUUCUGAAUCUCGUCGAUCUUGCUGGAUCGGAGAGACAAUCUCAUACGAAGGCGUCAGGUGAACGGUUAAAAGAAGCAACUCAUAUCAAUGGAUCACUUUCUGUCCUUGGUCGAUGUAUUCGAGAAUUGUCGAAACCCGAAAAAUCGCGAGCAUUUAUUCCGUACCGAGAUUCGGUUUUGACGCAUAUUCUCAAGAAUUCACUGGGAGGAAACUCGAAGACUGCCGUUAUUGUGAACAUGCAUCCAGACCGAGCAUUCCUUGCGGAAACCACGUCGACGCUGCAAUUCGCUGCGGCUUGCUCGAUGAUUAAGAACCAUAUUCGAAAGAAUGAAUGCAUGAGCGGUGAUAAGGAAGAAGGAUACAAGGAGGCGAUUCGACUUCUUCGGAAAGAGAAUGAUGAAAUCGAGGCGAAAGUUAGAGCCGAGUUCGCGAAGCGCCUCGCGGAUAUGGACACUGAAAGGAAGAACCAGCAUCAAGUAAUUCUGAACAGCAAUAAGGAGAUGAUGGAGCUGCGGGCCAAGUACGAAAUCUUGCUUCUGAAAGGGCUUGGAGCCAAGGAGAUUGAUGCGGAGACGCUGAAAAAGUACACGGCUUCGCGAUUCGACGGAAACGAGCAGAAAACCAUUGAGCAAAGAAUGAACACGUUGCUCCUUGAGUUUGCUGCAAAAAAUGAGGAGAUGAAGAAGCUUGAGACUGAGAACGCAGAUCUUCGAACAAGGUUGUCGGAGAUUGUCAAUGAGUCGUUGUGCAAUGCGAGUAUUUUGCGAACCCCGAGACGAAGGAGUAGUCGGAAUCCACGACGAGAGACUCUCUAUGUUCCUUCACCAUCGAGAACAAAAACCGAGGCGACAAAAGUCGUUGCGGAUCACGGAGAGUGUGAGGAGCAAAUCAAAGAGAUUAUGUAUGAGCUGGAGCAGGUGCGAGCCGAGAAUCAGGCUCUAGAUGCAACUUUGAAAAAAACUAUUGAAAGCAAGAUGGGCGAUUUGAAUGAAAGCGCUGCCAAGAUCUCCAAAUUGGAAGAUAAACUUUGCGCCAUUUCUGAUGAGCUUGAGGAGCAAAAGAUGUUGUAUGCCGAACUGGAAGGCAAACACAUCCGAGCUGGUGAUAAGCUGGAGAAACUUCUGACUGUGAUUGCAUCAAAGGAUGAUCAGAUUAACGAGAAGGAUUUGUUGUUGGCAGAGAAAUCUGAGACUAUCUUGGAUGUCAGCAAAGAACUCGACAAAAUGCAAAAAUAUUACACGGAUGAGAUUGAGAAGCUAAAUAAACAGAUAGAGACGAUCGCCGAGGAACGAAAUGAGGCGCUGAAGAAAUUGACGAUACAACUCGAGAAUACGUCUGCGGAGAAGAAUCAAUUGAUGAUUGACGUUUCGAACUCGAAGAAGACGGCUGAAGAAGCUGCACGUAUGAAAGAAGCUGUUGAGCAGCUGACGAAGGAGCUCGAAAACUCAACAUUGGAAAAGAAUCGACUUGCACUCGACGUUGCGAACUCGAAAAAUGCUAUGGAAGAUGCGCGAGAAUUGAAGGAUGUUGUUGAAAAGACGAGGAAGGAGCUGGAGAAAGUCGUUGAGGAGAAAAACCAGAUUGCCGGAAAGGCAAAAGAAUUAGAAGACACUGUAGAGAAGAUGAAUUCGAAGCUAGAAAUUGCCGUUGAGCAUCGAAAAGCGUUGGAAAACGAGCAAGAGAAUAAUAAGAAAAUGCUGGAAUCCGUCCAGAAGUCAAAGGAAAAGCUACUAGCCGAUUAUGAGACAAAGCUGAAAAAGUCGACUGCUAUCAUUCAAGCUAAGGAUAAAACGAUCGCUGCUCUUGAAAAUGCUGUUGCUACCAAGUCCAAUGAACUGAAAGAGGCGCUUCAGAAUCAGAUUGAAGAGAGUAGUGAGGAGGUGGAACGAUGGAAGCGUGAGGCUGACUCGCUAAGAAGCAUGGUCGAGGAAAGGCGCAUGAAGCACACCAGGGAUAUUGAGGAAUUGCGUGCUCGAAAACAAGAAGAAGUUAAGAAUUUGCAAUUGUCUCUUGAUCGGGAACAAGCAGCGCAUGAGAGAACUCGGGCCAACGCUUUAAAGAGCUAUAAUGAGAAAGUGAAGAAGUUGGGAAUGGAGAUGAUACAGGAGAGAAAGGAAUUGGUGAAGCAGCACGAAGAAGAAGUUGCGCGACGUGUUCAAGAUGUCAUCGAACAAUUUGAAUCGAAAAUGCGGAUUUUGAAGCAAAAUCAUGAUGAUGAUCUCGAAAAGCUCAAACUGGAAAUUAGCACAUUAAAUGAGCUUCACAUGAAAGACGCAGAACAAUUACAGGCAUUGACAGGUCAUAACAACAAAGGACAAAAGAUAAAUUAUAUUUGGAACAUGCGAAAUCGUCUGAAAGAAAGCGAGAUCCAAUUGAAGAAGCUUCAACAUGACAACGAUGAGCUCCGCAAGCAAUUGCAGGUGCAAGUGCCGAAGACAGAAAAACGCGUGCUUCGAUCAAGCAACGCGCUUUGA